AUGGCCCCAUGGCUUAUUGCCAUCCUAAUUGAUCUAUUCCUCUACGUCUUCCGCCAGGUCUGGCAUUGGGUCCCCGUUUGGGGUGGCCGAGCACAAGGAAGAACUCGACCACGACCACCUAGCCUCAAGGACGCCCGCAGACGCACAUUGAGUCUCGCAGACAUCAUGGGAAGUGGGAGCCCGGGCCGGGUACGAGAAGAGGGCUUCAGGCGAAGACAUGGUCGGAACACCAGUGACAAGAGCAUGGACGGAGCUGUUGGUGAAGAUCCAGCUACACCAGAUGGAGGCAUACGCAGUGAGCCUGUGUCUUGA